AUGUGGCACGAGGCGAGAAGAUCGGAACGGAAGGUCCACGACAUGAUGGACGCCGCUCGGAAGCGAGCGCAGCGGCGAGCGGUGUAUUUAGCGAAGAGGAGAGGCGACCCGCAGCAAUCGAUUCAGGUCCUCGGAAAUCGCUGCCGCAUGUACCGCGACGAUGGCCUCUACCAAGCCGCUGAGGAUCAGCAGGGAUUGAUACCUUGGAACGGGAAGGACGAUGUGCUGAUUGACAGAUUCGACGGCCGGGCGCUUCUCGAUUUUAUUAGGGAGGCUGGCUCUCGAAACUUCCGGCAGCCGGAGAAAUCGGAAGAAGAGGAAGAACUGGAAGAGUUUGUUAGUUUUGAGCGUUAUCGGGAUUUAAUUAAGCUUCGCCGUAGAGGAUUAACUGAUGAAGAGGGUCUCCGUCAUGUGAUGCAAGAGAUGGAAGCCAAAGCGAUUGCUCCAUUUGUUUCCAACAGCAAAUCUCAGCAGUCACAGCCUCCUGCUAACAAGGGUACAUAUUCACAAGUGGGUUUCUCAUACGAUGGAGACAGAAAAGUGGAGGAGAAGCUAUCAGAUGGUGAUGAUGAUGAAGACGACGAUGAAAAUGAUGAGGAUGAAGAAGAUGAGGACUUCAACAGUGACGACAGUGGUGAUGAAGGAAUUGAUGUUAUUGCGAAAGAAUUUGGAGUUAAGAGGUUUGGUUGGCUCGUGUAUAUGGAUAAAAAGGCGAAAGAAGAGGAGAAAAGGCAGAAGGAAGUUAUUAAAGGCGAUCCUGCAACUAAGAAGUUGAGUCGUAAGGAAAGAAGGAAAGUCUCUCAAGUAGAGAGGGAAAAAGAGAGGGAAGCUGCUAGAAUCACUGGGACCAGAUUGCUGCGUCAUGAUCCGUACCGAGAAUCUAGACGGAGUCCAACUUAUGAAGCUUAUUCUCGUUCUAGAAGAUCAAGGUCGAGAUCAUACUCUCCAGCACACUCUAGACGUAGUCGUGCUGGUGACUAUGACGAUGUUCGUCGCAGCAAAGCUAAGAGUCCUAAGAUAGAGUAUAUCACUGAAUUUGGGGGUUCUGGUACUGCCGAAGAGCCGAAGUUUAAAGGAUAUUCUCCACCACCAUCUCCGUCCCGGACUGAUUUGGCGAACCGGCCAUCAUCUGGUUGUAUACUUGAGGCACUUCAUGUUGACCCAGCAUCUGGUGUAUCUCUUGACAAGGAUAAAACUGCGAAAGAGUUGAAACCUUCUGCAAGCAGCAGCAGCUCCUCAGGGUUGUCAAAGCUAAGCAAGGCAACUGUUCCUGGAGGAGUUGGAAAGCAGCAGCCAGGGGAGAAAAAGGAAACUCCCCAGGAGAGGCUUAAAAGGAUCAUGAACACACAGCUAAAUAAACAAAUUAAGAAGGAUACUGUUGCUGAAAUGGCUAAAAAGAAAGAACAAGAGCGUCAGAGGAUGGAAAAACUAGCAGAAACAAGUCGGAUUAGUCAUUACAGACGGCGUAGCCGCAGCAGGAGUCACAGUCGUUCUCCGCCAAGCCGAAGGAACCGACACAGCAGAAGUCGAAGUCGGAGUAGGAGUUUGCGGAUGCACCAUUCCAGAUCCCGCUCACGUUCACUCUCCCGGUCUCGUUCUCCAUCUCGUUUGCGGUCUCACUCUCGCUCUCCUAGGAGGAGGAGCAGAUCAAGAUACUAG